ACAGACGCAUACCGCCGCUAACACACCGGGACCGUCCUGACAGCGUGCCCCACCUGGCCACGGCGACAAACACUAACCAGGACAAAGGACACAACGUUAUUGUAAUAAAGGAUGAUGACAUUUAUGAGCCGGCGACAGCAGCAUCUAGAUGGAGACAGGUGGAAGAGAUGAGAAGAGGACAGCCAAGCGCAAAUAUGUUUCAGAGAGCCGCUGUGAGGUCUGGAGAGGCGCUCGGAUGGGGCACUUUGUGGGGCGCACGGUUUAAAGUGUAGUCAUCACAUUCCCCCUGAUAGACUCUAUCGGCUGGUUCAGGACGGAGCAAACGCAGCAAGCUUAUGUCAUCAAUGCUGGUGUCUGGAAUGAGUGAGUGGAGUCUGGCUGAGCUGCCCAUGGACAGAUGGAUGUCCCUCCUGCCCCCUCCUCUGUGGGAUAUCCCACUUUAUCACCUUGCUAUCCCAGGCAGCCACAAUGCCAUCACCUACUGCCUAGACAUGAAUGAUCGCUCCCCAAUGGACCUGCUGCAGCCGGACAUGCUCCAAAAGCUGGACAAAUACAUGAAGCCCCUCAUCAGGCCUUUUGUCUACAAGUGGGCUGUAGCGCAGGAGUACAACAUAAAGCAGCAGCUGGACUGUGGGAUCCGAUACUGCGACCUCAGAAUUGCACAUCGACCUAAUGACCCCUCAACUGACUUGUACUUCUACCACGGAGUCUACACCACCGUAACUGUACAGACUGUUUUGCUGGAGAUCAGGGAGUGGUUGGAUGCUCAUCCUGGUGAAGUGGUGAUCCUCUCCUUCAGUCACUUCCUAGGUCUGAGCCAGGAGCUGCACAUGCUGCUGUUGACCACCAUCCGCAACACUUUUACCUCCAAGAUCUGCCCCAAAAUGGAGCAGUUAACCCUACGUAACCUGUGGUCGAUGGGAUACCAGGUGAUUGUGUCCUAUGAACAUAACAUGUCAGGCUAUCACUCUGAGCUGUGGCCUCAUAUACCGUACUGGUGGGCUAAUAAGUGCAAGGCGGAGUCACUCAUCGAAGUGUUUGAACAGAAGAAACAGCAUGGGCGCCCAGAUGGUUUCUUUGUGACAGGAAUCAACCUAACAGAGGAUUUGAAGUACAUUUGCACUCACCCGACGGAGACACUGAAGGAUUUGGUCAUGUCCACGUACCCCGCGCUGCUGGAAUGGGUCAAAGAGCAGACGCCAGGGGCCAAACCAGGCACCCUCAACAUCAUUGCUGGAGACUUUAUCACAGAGUGCCACUUUGUACCCUGUGUGGUUAGACUGAAUGAGAAGCUACUCAAGUGGUCCUCCUGACUGGAUAUUGAUCUACAAAAUGUGAAUUUUAGCAUGAAAAAUACACACGCUUACUGCUGACAUAAAAAUAUUUGAGUACUUGAAUUAAACUGGCCAUUGGUAUAGGCCUACAUUCAUCAGCUAACAACCAAAACAUGUACAAUUGGUUUAUCCUCCAUACUUAGCUCUUGACACAAGUUCUGGAGAA